AUGUCCCGUGAUGCCCUUGCUGCGUUGAGGGAUCAGCUGAACGCGGAGCUGGAUCGCCAACACUCCAACUCAUUUGGCGACGGUGCUCAACCGCAGUCACUUUCACAUCCACGCACGCCAGAAACAGUCGUCGAGGAGCAAAACAAUACCCCCGCCUCAGCAGACGACGCUGCUGAUCCUAGUAACGAGCAAGAGCCUGAUAAGGACGACAACGUCCUUAACACGUUGAUAGACGAGGUUGAAGGGCGUGACGAGGAUGUGGAGGAGAAGGACGAGAGCGACGGCCAUCCUGACGAAAUCGAGCUCGCUGAGACAAAUAAGCAGGAUCCGACCGAGGAUGGCCGUAGUGAGAGUCGUCGGCGCUCCGCCGAUAUCGCGGAUCUUAUGGGAGCCGCUGGUGGUGCAGCCGCUGCUGGUGCUCCGCCUGAUGCUCUGUUUUACGUUCACCGUUUUUUGCAGCUCAAGUGCAACGCGGCAGUGAACUAUUUCAUUGCGCUCGCGCCAGCGAGUCUGCAGUCGUUUUACCCUACCCUUGCAGACCUUCGGCGCAAGGUUCAAGAGCUGUACGAAGAGGUGGGGGUGCCUGCAGAGAUGUUCAACCGUGUGAUGGCUGACAAUCCGGAGCGUGAGCGGAUCCCGUUCCAGAAGAUGUCGGAGCGCCGCUGCAACAUCUACUCGGCGAGCAAACCUUACGCCCAUGGUCCCGGCGGGUUUGUGAGCGAGAAUAAGGUGGCGAUGCUCGCCGGUGAGAACAUUGCCCCGUCCCGUCGACGGACGCCUGCGGAGUGGCAUGCCUACUUUCUGGACGCUGUGUAUGGUUCAAAGUGGCACUGUGACGGCUCAGGCCGGCCCUUCGCCAACCGUUCCUUUGAGCUUUCAUUGUGCAAGGGACUUGGCGGGAAACGCUGCAACAUGCUAAAUGUCAAGUUGCCUGCUGUUGCUACCAUCUGCCACGUGGUGGAAUGGCCAAUGGCAAACCACAACGGCCGCCCCAACACUUCCCUCGAUGCCUCUGACGAGAACAACAGGGCCGCCGUAGCUGCUAAGGUUUUGGUUGUCAUCGCAUGGAUCAAGGCCCGACUGGAAGCAGGUGAUAACAUCUACAGGAACGAAGCUCCUGCAGGAUUUGUCAUGGGCAGCGGAGCAGUUAGGAUCCUCAUUGAAGGAUAUGAGGCUGCAUUUGAUGGGUUAGUGUAG